CACAGCGUUCCAUUUCUGCUUUAGCAACAUCAUUCUUUGACCAAGAGACUUAAUUUCGCCACUUCAGAAGCUGAGAAACCAAGAAAAGUAAAGUGAAUAUAAGGGGAUAUAUAUAUAUAUAAGAAUUAUUACUACAAAGAAAAAGCCCAAGUUUAACUAGAAAACAGACAUUAAAUAUUUCUUCUGUGAGUGACAAUGGAAUUCGAAGAAGUACUUAACGAAAUUGGUGAUUAUGGAAUUUUUCAGAGAAGGCUUGUUUAUUGGUUCCUGUUACCAGCAACUGUGCCAUUGGCAUGGUUUGCUCUUAACCAGAUCUUCAUGUUGUCAGUUCCUGACCACUGGUGUUAUGUUCCAGAACUUUCUGAAUCCAACCUCAGUGUUCAGCAGCAACAGAUGUUGAUUCGGCCAAUUGAAAUUCAAUUUGGGUUAGAAUUACCCAGUCAAUGUCGUAUGUACGACCUGAACUACACUAGUGUCCUUCUAGAUUUUUUAGAAAGUCCAUACUCAAACAUAACUUUCCAAAACUAUACUUUGGCCUCAGAUGUACCUAAAAAAGCAUGUCAGAAUGGUUGGGCUUACGAUAGAACAUUGUACGACUCUACGGCUUCCACUCACUGGGAUUUGGUAUGUGAAAAGGACCAUCUACCUCACCUCAUUUUUACACUAUCUAGUGUAGGCGCUGCUGUCGCCACCCCGAUAUAUGGUGCCAUGUCUGACAGAAUAGGAAGGAAGCUGACCUUUUUUAUCUGUGUGACCGUGACUCUUUCGUCUGGGGUGAUUUCGCUCGUCUUACCCAGUUUUAUAGCAUUUGCUGUAUUCCGACUAAUCAACGGCUCGCUAAUACCAACAAUAUUCCAAGUGCCAUAUAUUAUGUUGGUUGAAAUUGUUGGAAAAGAGAAGCGCACUCAAAUGAUGGGAAUCGCCUGCAUCGGAUGGACGACAGGAUUGUGUAUUUUGCCUCUUUUAGCCUUUCUGAUUCCGAACUGGAAGACUUUUGGGCUUGUAACUACCUGCUUUUGCAUUCCAUACUUCUUUUAUUGGAGAUUUUUGCCCGAAUCUCCUCGUUGGUUGGUGUCUAUUCAACGCUAUGAAGAAGCAGUGGUCAUUCUGACCAAAAUGGCCAAGAUAAAUGGACGUUCUGUGCCUACUGAUCUAGUGAAGAGGCUUAAAAAAGUAGAAGAAUCCAUGAGAAAAGAGAAAGAAUCGUCCACAACAACAGAGAAUUUUACUGUCUUAUUUCGGUAUCCAUCACUAAGGAAAUACUUUUUAACAAUUACCAUAUCGUGGGUUGCCAAUUCUAUGGCUUAUUAUGGUCUACAAAUCAACGUCACCAAUCUGUAUGGAAACGAAUUUCUCAACUUCUUUCUACUCGGGAUUGUUGAAUUACCGUCCUAUUUCUUGUGUUGGUACUUAAUGGAAAGAUGUGGACGACGAUGGACUAAUGUAGGCUUAAUGUUUCUGGCUGCCCUUAGUAUCUUAAUACCCACAGCGUUUCCUCAAGAUUUGGCUAUCGGAACGACUAUUGGGGCUCUUAUAGGCAAAUUUGGCUGUUCUGCUGCCUUCAUGGUUGUUUAUCAACAAGCAGCGGAACUAUAUCCAACCCCAGUCAGGGCUCUGGGAAUGGGAAGCAGCGCCACCAUCGCUUGUAUAGCUACGAUUUGUACGCCUUAUAUCAUCUACUUGGGAACAUAUGGACGACAUAUCCCUUACUUUAUCAUUGGAGGAACUUGUUUAUUUGCAUCAGGUGCAGCAUCUCUGCUGCCCGAAACCUUACAUGCUAAGUUGCCACAAACUAUAGAGGAUGGAGAAAAGUAUGGUCAAAACCAAAAGUACUUCUCUUGCCACAGCCCUCAAGACGAUGAUGUAGAAGACGACGUAAAAACUGAUUCCGUCGUACAGAAAGAAAUAAUGGAACUGUUAUCGACCGUAUAAAAGGUAUUGAUUUGUUAAUAAGCAUAAAACUUGGUUAUAAACGACCUCAAGUGUGCAAAUAUAUAUAUUCUCUUUUUUUAUUAUUCACGAAUGUAAAAGGAUAAGGGAAAAUGGCAACAUAAAAAAUCCCGUGUGUAGUUCUAUGUAUAACAGAAAAGUUAAGGCCAAUUUUAUCAAAUACUCCUUGAUCAUACACACUCAUGUGAAAGCAUAACAGCAAGGUUAAAGCAUACAGAUGAAACGAAAGCCACUAUUGUUACGAAAACGCCAAACACAAAUAUCAGAUAAAAUAACGAAAUGCAGAUUAUAGUCCAUCUAAAAAUCCUUGAGAAUUAAGGGUUAAUUAAGGCAUCCCAAUAUCUAACUGAACAGAAAAUCGUUUUUAUAGAUCUGUGUUAGUAGAGUAGCAAAAUGCACAAAACAAAUUGUCAUAAUACGUGAAAAAUUCUGCGUUUAAAGAUUUAUAUAUACGAAUGCAAGGAGAUUCGAUAUGGGAAAAUUGACAAAACACCAAAACUAUUUUUGAACACCAUGUACUUAAAAUUAUAUUUCUAUAUUUCAAAAUGAUCUGACUCGUCAUUUUUGAUUUCUUAC